AUGUUCGUCAGAAAGCGCGAUGGGCGCCAGGAGCGCGUCCAGUUCGACAAGAUCACCGCCCGUGUCUCGAGGCUCUGUUACGGCCUUGACAUGGACCACGUUGACCCUGUUGCCAUUACCCAGAAGGUCAUCUCGGGUGUCUACGGUGGUGUCACAACUGUCCAAUUGGACGAUCUCGCUGCCGAGACUGCUGCGUACAUGACCGUCACCCACCCCGACUACGCCAUCCUGGCGGCCCGUAUCGCCGUCUCCAACCUCCACAAGCAGACCAAGAAGCAAUGGUCCGCUGUCGUGAGCGACCUCUACCACUAUGUCAACCCCAAGAACGACCGGGCGUCACCCAUGAUCUCCCAAGAAACAUAUGAGUGCGUCAUGCGACACAAGGAGGAGCUAGACUCCGCCAUUGUCUAUGACCGUGACUUUCAAUACCAAUACUUUGGCUUCAAGACUCUUGAGCGAUCCUACCUCCUCAAGAUUGAUGGCAAGAUUGUUGAGCGUCCCCAGCACAUGAUCAUGCGUGUGGCUGUCGGCAUCUGGGGUGACAAUAUUGAGCGUGUCCUCGAGACUUACAACCUCAUGUCGAGCAAGUUCUUCACUCAUGCCUCCCCCACCCUCUUCAACGCGGGUACUCCCCAGCCUCAGCUCUCCUCAUGCUUCCUUGUCGACAUGAAGGAGGACAGUAUUGAGGGUAUUUAUGAUACUCUCAAGACCUGUGCCAUGAUUUCCAAGAUGGCUGGUGGUAUUGGCCUGAAUGUGCACCGAAUCCGUGCCACCGGCUCUUACAUCGCCGGUACCAACGGUACCUCCAACGGUGUUACCCCCAUGCUCCGUGUCUUCAACAACACUGCCCGAUACGUCGAUCAGGGUGGCAACAAGCGACCUGGUGCCUUCGCUAUCUACCUUGAGCCCUGGCACGCAGAUGUCUUUGAGUUCCUUGACUUGCGCAAGAACCACGGCAAAGAGGAGGUCCGCGCUCGUGACCUGUUCCUGGCUCUCUGGAUUCCCGAUCUCUUCAUGAAGCGUGUCGAGAAGAACGGUGACUGGACCCUCAUGUGUCCCAACGAGUGUCCCGGUCUCGCCGACUGCUACGGUGAGGAGUUCGAGGCUUUGUACGAGAAGUAUGAAAAGGCCGGUAAGGGUCGCAAGACCAUGAAGGCCCAGAAGCUCUGGUAUGCCAUCCUCGAGGCUCAGACCGAGACUGGUAACCCCUUCAUGCUCUACAAGGAUCACUGCAACCGCAAGAGCAACCAGAAGAACCUGGGUACCAUCCGCAGCUCCAACCUUUGCACUGAGAUUAUCGAGUACUGUGCCCCUGAUGAGGUUGCUGUCUGCAACCUUGCCUCCCUCGCCCUUCCCUCUUUCAUCAACUACGACGAGGCCUGCUAUGACUUCCAGAAGCUGCACGAGGUCACGCAGACUGUCGUUCGCAACCUGAACAGGAUCAUCGAUGUGAACCACUACCCCGUUCCUGAAGCUCGCAACAGCAACAUGCGACACCGACCCAUUGGUGUCGGUGUCCAGGGCCUUGCCGAUGCCUUCCUUGCUCUGCGCAUGCCUUUCGAGUCUCCUGAGGCUCGAGAGCUAAACAAGCAGAUCUUUGAGACCAUCUACCAUGCUGCUCUUACUGCUUCCGUGCAGCUGGCCAAGGAGGAGGGUCCCUACUCUACCUUCAAGGGCUCUCCUGCCUCUGAGGGUAUUCUCCAGUUCGACAUGUGGAACGUGAAGCCCUCUGACCUCUGGGACUGGGAGUCUCUCAGGGAGCAAGUCAAGGAGCAUGGUAUUCGCAACAGUCUGCUGCUUGCCCCCAUGCCCACUGCCAGCACUUCGCAGAUCCUGGGUAACAACGAGUGCUUCGAGCCUUACACCUCCAACAUCUACCAGCGCCGUGUCCUUGCUGGCGAGUUCCAGGUCGUUAACCCCUGGUUGCUCAAGGAUCUCGUCGACAUGGGCCUGUGGUCGGAUUCCAUGAAGAACCGAAUCAUUGCCGAGAACGGUUCCAUCCAGAACAUCCCCAACAUCCCCGCCGAGGUCAAGGCUCUCUACAAGACCGUUUGGGAGAUUUCCCAGCGCCAGGUCGUCCAGAUGGCCGCCGACCGAGGUGCCUUCAUUGAUCAGUCCCAGUCUCUCAACAUCCACAUGAAGGACCCCACCAUGGGCAAAAUCACCAGCAUGCACUUUGCCGGCUGGAAGCUCGGUCUGAAGACGGGCAUGUACUACCUGCGAACGCAGGCUGCCGCUGCCCCCAUUCAGUUCACCGUCGAUCAGCAAGCUCUCAAGGUCGCCGAUACCAACUCGGCCCAGAUCCGACCUCUGAAGAAGCGCGCUCCUCCCGCCGGCUCCAGUUAUCUGAUUUCUUCUCCCUCGUCCUUUUCUGGGGCCUCGCUGAACGGAGGCAGGCCCGCCGCCUCUGGCAACCCCCGAGGUCAGGCCUCUGCUAUUCCUGGCCGGGCACCUUCCAUCAAGGCUGACCCCGAGGAGGGUGACAGCCCCAAGGCCCUCCCUACCGAGCCUGCUGAGAAGGUCAAGGAGGAAGAACUGAGCCUGAAGAAGAGCGAGCAAUCUGAGGAUCAGGACAAGGAUAGCGAGGAGCGUGAGCGGGACAUCUACUCGGAUGCCGUCCUGCAGUGCAGCAUUGAGAACCCCGAGUCCUGCGUCAUGUGCAGUGGCUAA